AUGGGUCGCGAUGCGCACCAUCGUCGGAAACGUAAAACUGGAAAAGAUGACGAUUCAUCGGAUGAAAGCAGGCAACGUUCUUUAUCUCGAAGUCCAGAAAAAAAAUCAAGACGUGUUGAUAGAGGAAAACAUAAGGAAAAGUCGCCGGGUACUCCUUCAUCUAACAAGAAUGAGGAAAGUAUAUCAAUUGAAGAAACCAACAGGUUACGUUUAUCGCUUGGUUUAUCUCCACUUGAAGUUAAUAGUGGACCGAAAGAACGAGAAGUGGAAGGAAGUGAAGGUACAGAAAAAGUCUACAAAGAGGAUGGAAUGGAAUUUGUGCAUAAAAAAGCCGAACAUCUAGGAGAAAAAAAGAGGGCUGAAGAAAUGCGGGAGAAAUUAUUGGUGGUUCGUGAUAAACGAAAGCUGUAUGAAAAAGUAUUAAAAGUGAAACCGUUGGCAGAAUCCGAUUCCGAGGAAGACACGGCCUCUUGGGUUGCAAAAAAUCGUGAACUGGAAGAAGAACGGAAGAGAGCGGAAGAAAGGGCUAAAAUUCUGGAUGAUAUGGACGCUGAUUUUGGUGUUAAUGCAUUGAUAAGCGAGGAGAAUAAAGUGAAACAGAUCAGAAAAACCAAAAAACGAGGACAGAAAUCAGAUCUCGCAGGUUUAGUGGUGGGCCAUGCCAAAGAGGACUUCGAGAGUAACGAAACUGUUUUAGUUCUCGAAGACAAAGGCGUUUUGGAUGAAGGUGAAGAAGUGCUUGUAAAUUUGAAUUUGGCUGAGAACUACAGGUAUCAGAAGAAUGCCGAAUUCAAGAGAAAGAAGAAUCGCUAUGAGCCUUAUGAAGAGGAAUUUGAUGAAUAUGGAAUGCCCAAAGAAAAAGGACUUCUAUCAAAAUACGAUGAAUUGGAAGGUGAAGCAAGGAAGACUUUCCGUCUUGAUGAAGGUGGCGAAGUUGAUAUUGAUAAAGAGCGGGAAGAAAUUAAAAUGCGUCAGAAGCUAUUAAUGGCAAACAAGAAACUAGAAUCGCUGGAUACGCUGAAGUACACGGUGGCCAGUGAAUUUUAUACAGAGGAAGAAAUGCUUUCAUUUCGCCGACCGAAGUCAAAAAAAGACAAAAAGUUGCGUAAGAGAAAGGAAAAGAUGUUGAAAGCUGAUGAUCUCAUUCCGGAUGAGUCUGCAUUGGUUGAUGAUACUGGAAGAGCGGCUAAAAUAGUAAAUCGACAGCUCAAAGCGGAACCAUUUGGAAUUAAAGAGGAGGAACAAACCAUAAAGGAUAAACCGAAUCUGGAAGAUGGAGAACUUGCAGAUGAUGACGAGAAAAAGAGCAACUGGCGUGCUGCAGAAACAAGUGCUUUUGUAGAUGUUCAGAAUUUGAACAAAUUGGCUAAACAGGUGGAAGAAGACGAAGAUGAUGAUGAUGAUGAUCUGGUUAGUGGUGUGGAUUUAUCCAAUGUUGUGAUUGAGGAUGAUGCUGAAGAAGAACUAACACUGAUAUUGGAUCGUGCUCGUAGACUUAAGCAACACGAAAUUAAAAAGGAAAAUGCAGAAAGUGAUGCUGCAUUGAAGGUGCAUGAAUUGAUAAAGAUACAUUCGGUGAAGGAGGAAGCGAUGGAUGUAGAAGAGGAAGUUAAUAAAGGCGGUGUUGUUAUUGAUUCUACAAUGGAAUAUUGCCGUAAUUUAGGUGAAAUUCCAACGUACGGCUUGGCUGGUAACCGGCAAGAUGCUGUGGAUGUUAGGGAACUGAACGAACCAGAGGCUAUAAAAACAGAAGUAGAAGAAGAGCCAAAUGCUGAUCGUUCACCGGCUGAACAGCAUCGCAGUCAUAGAAGAUCGGAGCAGGAGAUAAAAGGUAAAUGGACAGAAGCAACUGCAUCGACAUCUGCUUACGACAACAGAAAAACUAGGAAGAUCAAUGGAGAAAAUGAUGAUAGUGAUGAAGAAGCAUAUAAUGUGUUGGGUGAAGAACGUGAUGUAACAAAGGGUGUUGCUGCGAUGUUGAAGUCUGCUGCCGAGAAAGGUUAUCUUGAUGCUGGUAAAGAACGUAAGGUGAAAGGUCCUUCGCUGAAACAUCUGGAAAGCAAACGUUUUUCGCAAAUUGAAACCAGUCGAUAUGAUAUUGAGGAGAAAUAUACGAAGAAACUAGAAAGGAUGGGAACAACAGGCACGGGUCCUGUGCGACCAUUUCCAGAGAAAGUGGAUUACAAACCAGAUAUACAGAUAACAUAUGUUGAUGAACGUGGAAAGGAAAUGGAAUCAAAGGAUGCAUUUCGUGUUCUUAGUUGGAAAUUCCAUGGCAAAGGACCAGGAAAAAAGCAAAUUGAGAAGAGACAAGCGAAACAGGAGAAGAAGGAGCUUAUGAAGAAAAUGAAUUCCAUGGACACGCCGUUGGGAACGCUUAACAAACAGUUAAAGAAACAAGAAGCGAUGCAAUCUCCAUAUAUUAUUCUAAGUGGUUCUGGAAGAGAUACAGGGGCACCCUUGAAGAAGGAAUAA